CUGUUGGAGCAGGCAACACCACCAACGACAGCAAGAAACCACUUGCGCAAGCACUCGGCACUGGACAAAGCCUUUUGAUUCCGCGAGUCUAAUCCCCAAACACUUCGCACCUCGCACGACGGACCAAACAUGGCCGGCAUCAAGACGAUCAUCGGGUUGAGCUUCGUUCUUGCGAUAGGCUUUCUCCUCGUCAUCCUCUCUGCGGCGCUGUUCCACAACUACCUUACGCUUCUCGUCGUAGCGACCUACGUAAUCGCGCCGCUGCCCAACUGGAUCUGCGGGCGCGCAUCGAACCAAGAUGAUUUCAUGGAGAGCUCAGGGAAUGGUGUCAUUGACUUCGGAAGAUUCCUCACUGGGUUUUUCGUCGUUAUGGGAAUCGCACUCCCUACGCUCCUCUGGCAUUCGGAGCAGAUCGCAGGCGGCGCAGCAGCCAUGUCCAUCAUUGGCGGUCUGACCAUCUAUGCCACCAUUAUCAGCUUCACGCUGUUCUUCCAUGAAGAUCAAGACUUCUGACUAGCCGGCGGAAACGGGCCAUGAGAGGUCGCAGCGAUAUUAGCACGUAAUGUGGGCUAGGAGAGCGCCGGGCGUGGAAGGCCUCGGUAUGUGAUUAUGAGGCAUGUGGUUGUACGCGGCUGAGAUAGGGGAUUUACCUUUAGUUUUGUUGUAUACUCUGAGCGUUCUUGUAUUGUCAUGUAGGGUACGACAGGGGGUGCAAGU